AUGGGCGUAGUGAUCGUCGUCGGCAUUCUGACACUUGGGCUCUGCUUGAUCGUUUACGGAAUUUAUCGUCAUUACCAUGGCUAUUGGGAGGCGAUUUUAAUGGAAGCAUUUCGAUCUGCACUCAACCGAAAUGGUCUUUCUGAUAUUCGGUCUAGACAUGGGUGGUUUACAUGGCAUAAAGGUCGAGAGCAAUCCACCAUCAUUUGUUCCAGACUUGACCAUUUUGUUGCUUCAUCUUCAUGGCUAAGUCAACAUACUAGCUGUGUUUCAAGUGAGUUUAUUUCAAUAUAUGAUCACUGUUUCAUUUCCAUUGCUUGCUCGACUUCCACUCCUACAGUCCGUCCAAGGGAUCCACACUUGAUCGCAUCCAGUAUAUUGGAGAACAUCUUAAGCAAUGGAAUAUAUGCACGUCGUGAUGUGAAUAAGGCACAAAUUGCUUCGGCCAGAGCAAGAAUAGACAACUUGCUUUCACGACCUUUGUCAACUGCAGAAAUGCUUGAGAUUGCGAAAUUAAAAAGUGAGAUCAACCAUCCUAUGUCAAUUGAGGAAGUGUACUGGCAUCAACGAUCUCAGAGUAAUUGGUUGCAAAAUAGUGAUCGUAAUACACCUUAUUUUCAUGCUCGUGCAUCUCGUAGAAGGCGUAAGAAUUUUGUGCGUAGAAUUUAUAAUGAUGAUGGGGAAUAG